GCUGGUAAAAACCAAGCCAGUCUUAGAAAAAGCAAUGACUGAGACAGCUAUGGAAGUUAUACCACUAGUAGCAUAGUAGUAGUAUAGUACUAGGACUGGGAGUAGUGGAGAGUGAAGAAGGGAGACAGGGAGAAACAAGAAGCAAAAGUUUUAGUAUAUAAAAACACAACCUUUUUAUGGUUUAUGGUUUCUUCGGUUAGUGAGUGAAUGCUAAAAGAGUUAGAUCACAUCAUGCUGCAUGGUUGAAGAAGUGGGGUUUCUUGAUUUUGGCUUCAAUUUAGCUACUGUGAUGGAAACUUCAAAUGCUGAUCUGGGUUUAAAGAGUUGUUUUGAUUUCAGCCAGCAGUUUGUGCAAGUAUGUUUCUGCAUUUCCUUUCAUGAAGUGAACAGAGUUGAUAGUUUGUUUCAAUGACUUUGUUUUGAAUGUGUUGGAAUCCGAUGAUUGUUUUCUUAUACUUGGAUUGUUUGAUUGAUUAGUUUUACAAAUUCUUUCAUUCUUUUAUUGGGGUUGGGGGAUUUUGUUUGCAUAUUCUUUUGCUAAACAGUUGCAUACUCACAUUGUUCAUAUAGGAACACUUACACAAUUUACAAAAUCUUUUGUUUGAUUUUCGUUCUUACUCAUCGGAUUCCUAUUUAUUGGUUUCUUCACAAAAAAGAAAAAAGAAAAAAGAAAAAUUCACACACUCACGUUAGCUGUCUCUCUUGAUUUCUCUUUUCAAAUAUACAUGCAAAGUUGUAGAACUUGCACACAAUAAAGUAAACCACACAUUUCAUAGUUGAAGAUUUGUUAUAGAAACAAAGAGAGAUAGGGAGAGAAAAAAUAGAAGAAAAUAGGGUGGGAGAAUCACACAAAAUCAAAGAAAAGAAAAUUGGAAGGGCAUAGAGAAUGUUGGCCGGUUGUUCUAGUUCAACAUUGCUGUCACCAAGGCAUAGAUUGAGGAGUGAAUCACCUGCGCAGUUUCAAGCUUGCCAUUUUCAGUUACCUUCAAUGAGCACACAGAGAUUGGACUUGCCGUGUACUUUCUCUCGCAAAGAAUCAUCGCGGUCGCAGCCCAUUAGGCCUGUUGGUGUUGGCCUGUCAGUGGAUAAACCACUUGAGUCCAAGACCAGCAGUUGCUCUCUCAAGCAGAAUAUCAGGCUCCCCCCAUUGGCAACAAGCAAUCAAUCAGUGAAAGAUGAGUUUUGGGAGAAGGGUAAGAGCUUGAAGAGGUUUGCGGAGCAAUCAGUUGAUGAGUCUUGCAUUAAUAGGGCUAAGAGAAAAAGGGGUAACAAUGAUAAUGUUAAACCUGAUGAUUUUUGUGAAGGUGGUGAUAGUUUGAGUUUAGGUCAGUUGGGGAGCGGCAAUUUUUGGUUUCAACCAAGUUUGGAGGUGCCUAGAGGCCUUAACCCUCAACAAUUUCCUUUCUCCUUGACAUGUUCAGGAGAUGAGGAGAGGGUUUACUUUGUGCCUAGUGAAGUGAUUUCCCCGCCUUUGCCAUUGUCUAACAAUCCAUGGGUGGGCUCUGUUAUAACUGAGAUCACUGACCUAGGUGAAAAGGAUGGAGAGAGUAGCCAAAGGCCAGUAACAGAAGCCUCGGGUUCAAGUACUUCAUCAGAGAGUCAAAGCUUAGGCCUCAGGCUAAGCGAGAAUGUAGUGGAGCAUGAAGUGGGUAAUGGCUCUAGGAAUCCUCAUCCUCAAGAAGGUGCUGCGAUGGAGGCUGCAGAAACGGACCAGAGAGAGUUUCAGGGGUUUGAGCUAGUUAGCUUACUUACAGCUUGUGUUGAAGCAAUUACGUUGAAGAAUAUCGCUGGGAUCAACCAUUUUCUAGCUGAAUUGGGGGGGCUUGCUUCACCGAAAGGAAUUCCUAUUAGCCGCCUUGCUGCUUAUUAUACUGAGGCCUUAGCUCUCAGAGUCACAAGGCUUUGGCCUCACAUUUUUCAUAUAACUGCUCCUCGGGAACUUGAUCGUGUUGACGAUGAUUCAGGGACUGCAUUGAGGCUUCUGAAUCAGGUGAGCCCAAUUCCAAAAUUCAUUCAUUUCACUGCGAAUGAGAUGUUGUUGAGGGCUUUUGAAGGGAAAGAUAGGGUUCAUAUUAUAGACUUUGACAUUAAGCAAGGGCUUCAAUGGCCUACUUUGUUUCAGAGUUUGGCCUCCAGGACUAAUCCUCCUAGCCAUGUUAGAAUCACUGGUAUAGGCGAGUCUAAGCAAGAGCUUAAUGAGACAGGAGAUAGGCUUGCUGGAUUUGCUGAGGCAUUGAACCUGCCUUUCGAGUUCCAUCCAGUAGUGGACAGGUUAGAAGAUGUGAGGUUGUGGAUGCUCCAUGUGAAGGAGAGGGAGUGUGUGGCUAUUAAUUGUGUUUUCCAGAUGCACAAGACACUAUAUGAUGGGAGUGGAGGAGCACUGAGGGAUUUCCUGGGACUUAUCCGAAGCACAAACCCCGCAAUAGUCAUUGUGGCAGAGCAAGAAGCAGAACACAAUGCCCCUAAUUUGGAAACAAGAGUUUGCAAUUCGUUGAAGUACUACUCUGCCCUAUUUGACUCGAUUGAUUCUAGCCUUCCCUUUGACAGCCCGGUUAGGAUCAAAAUAGAGGAGAUGUAUGCUCGAGAAAUUAGGAACAUUGUUGCUUGUGAAGGAAGUGACCGGCAUGAAAGGCAUGAAAUGCUUGACAAUUGGAAGAAGUUGAUGGAGCAAGGAGGCCUCCGGUGCUUGGUAAUCAGUGAGAGGGAAAUGCUUCAGAGCCAAAUGCUAUUGAAGAUGUACUCUUGUGAUAGUUACCAAGUUAAGAAGCACGGGCAGGAGGGAGCGGCGCUUACUCUGAGUUGGUUAGAUCAGCCUCUCUACACAGUCUCAGCGUGGACACCUUUAGACAUUGCAGGGAGUUCAUCCUCUUUUUCUCAGCCAAGUUGAAGAUUUUUUCAUACAUAACCAACACAAUUCUUUCCAUUCUUGCAUACAGAAAGGGACACUAAAUUCUUUGUAGGUAGAAGAAGCUGUGAUUAUUCUUUCAUUUUUUGUUGCAGAUAAGAUUCGUCAGUCUAAUAGCACAAGAUCCAUUGCAUGAAUACAGUAGUUUCAUACCGAUUCCAGUUCUUUUCAGGGCAGGUUUCUAGGUUUCGGUCCAUAGAAUUCAGAGUCAGUUUUACGUUUAUUCUUUGAUUCUUUAUUUAUGUAUUGAUGAAUUCUUUGUCGUCCUGUUAUUAUUAUCUUGUUCGUUUUAUUUGUUGAAGGAUUAGUAGAAAUGCAAAAAUCAUGUAUUUGGGAAUUAAAUUGCCAUAUGUGGAAAUAUUUUAUUGAUCUGUUA